UUUUUUUUGGACUCUACAAAAACUGAAAAAAAUUUAGCGAUCACAACGCCACCUCUUUGUAAAAUAACUUUUGUCACUUAACAUUUCGUCAUCGACCAGUUUCCACGUUUCUUUUCUGUGACUGUUGAUCAAGUAUCAUAUGAUUGCCAUUUGCUAAUCAUUGAAUAUUUUUAGUGUUUUUUCCAUCGUCAAUAAUGGCAAAAUUAUCGUCAGAAAAUAUCGAUAAUGUAUUAUUUCAAGAUUAUUUUAAAUCUAUCGAUCAAGAAUUUCUUCAAUCCGUUGUUUCGGUUUUCACAAUAAUAACAACUGAUGAUACAAACCCUAAAAUAGAAUUUCUAUUGAUGACUAAAAAUGAUACUUAUGCAUAUGGCAAAGAAAUAUGUUCCUGGUUAUCGUUGAAACAUGAUCCAAAAUGUGCACAACAGAUAUCAUUUCUGAAUGAUAUGCAAAUUGUUCAGGUGGAUUCUGGCCAAAAAUUUAUUGCCGUGUUAACUCAAGAUGGGCGAGUGUAUCUAGCCAGUAAUAGUUCUAUUUGGAAUAAAAACAAAACCUUGAGAUUGAUCUCUACUCGUAAUGAUGAAUUUAAAAUGAUUUCUUGUGGAUGGUAUCAUAUUUUAUUAUUACGUAAAGAUGGUACUCUUUUUGCAAUGGGGUAUAAUUCAUCUGGCCAAAUAACUGGUAAUUCUUCAUCAUCUACAUCAUUUACAAUUAUAGUCAACACAGGCCUAGAAAAUGUUAUGUUUAUGGCUGGUGGAGGGCUUCAUAGUCUUGCAUUAACUAAUACGGGAAAAAUUUAUUCUUGGGGCAUGAAUGAAUCUGGUGAAUUAGGUCUUGGUGAUGAUAAGGAACGAAACACCCCAACCCUUGUUGUAUUUCCUGAUGAUUUGAUGGAUAGCCGAAUCAAAAAUAUUGCGGCAGGCUAUGAUUAUUCAUUAUUCUUAUUUGAAAAUGGACAGCUUUGGUCCUGUGGCGAUAACAGUGAAGGCCAACUUGGUCUCGGCGAUGAUGUGAUGAGAUCAAGACCAACAAUUAUACCCAUUGAAAAUGUACAACAAAUCGCAUGUUCAUCAUUCCAUUCAUUUUCAUUGGCAUAUGAUGGAUCAUCAUAUUAUGCCUGGGGUAGAACCAAGAAUGGCAUUUGGACAUCACCUACAAAAUUGGAUGAUCAACCUGUAUCAUUUGCAGCUGCAUCGGCAAUAAUAUUAAAAUCACCAAUAACAUUUGGCCUCACAUCAAUAAUCCGUGUAUUCGGAUCACAUAAUUCAAUAUCUUACAAAUCAAUCAUCCGAUUAUUUGACAAUCCAGAUAAUUACGAUGUCGAAUUUAUUAUUGGUGAAAAACGUAUACUGGCAUGUAAAUGUUAUUUGAAAAUGGCAUCGCAAUAUUUUAAUCGAAUGUUUUCUGGCGAUUGGAAUGAAAAUAAUCUGGUAACCAUCAAUGCUUAUGAUUAUAAUACAUACUAUGCAUAUCUACUUAUGUUGCAUAAUGGCUGCAUUAAAAUCGAUAAACAAAACAUUGUAGAACUUAUUGAUUUAGCCGAUUGUUAUUGUGAUCAACGAUUAAUAGGAUAUUGUAAAAAAUUCAUACGAAGUGAUCUCGAUGAACAAACAAUAAGCACAUAUCUUCCAUUAAUUAUCAAGUAUGAACUGAAUGAUGUGCACGAUAAACUUAUCCAGAUUACUAUUGAUCAAGUUUUGCCCAAAAUUACUGAUGGUUUUCUUAAAGACGACGGUAAUUCUGUUGUUAAAUUUCUUCAAUGUUUUUACAAUCAACAAUAAUUUUCUUGUUGAUGAAUCCUGAUUACUGUUUUUCUAUUUUUUUCUGCCAAAAAUUAAUUAUAUAAUGUAAAAUAUUCAUUAAAGAUUCUAAUUAGAAUCUAUUCCAUUUA